AUGCAUGCAACAAUUGAGUUUGUCUUCGUAGAGCUAAGAGACUUGUCUUCAACUAAUCAAAGCAACACUCUUAAUCCUGGUGAUAUUGACUAUAUCGCUACAAUAUUAGAAAAUAUUGCUCUGGUGAAAGAAAAAGCAAACGAGAUUCUUGACGACUUCCUGACAACUAUAGACAAUGUGCUGGACUCCAAACUUAAGAAUAUUCUAAAAAGUCAAGAGGAUCGAAACUCAUCGUCAAGGAUUGUCGAAACUCUGAACAUCUUCGCAGAAUCAUUAGUUAUUGGCGCACAAGGCAAAAUUGAGAUUGCGAAAAGAAACUUCGAUAUUAACUUACAAACGGUGAAGCCACAGAAUUUUAGCGGACUUAAUUUUUCGGGUAUUCAAAGGAGAAUGAAUCAAUCAGAAAGGAAAAAUAUUACUUUGAAUAAAAAGAGCAAUGAAGUACGGCAAGUCUUAUCUCCUUCGCUCACAAUUCCACGAACAAUAUUCAACGAAUCCACGGGUAAAAACAGUUCCUCAAACCAGACAGUGAUAUUUGUGCUCUAUAGAGAAACAAAAUUUUUUAGAUUAUCAUCUAUUACCAGUGGGACAUCGGGUCGCUUGAAUAGUCUUGUAAUUUCGGGAAGUAUUGAAGGAUUGUCAGUUUCAAAUUUAAGUGUUCCAGUGAACAUUGCAUUACCAAGCCUCGAAAGAGGUGACACGAAAAGCACCCAGUGCUCUUACUGGAAUUUCAGCGCUGGAAAUUGGUCGCAAGAAGGUUGCAAGUUUGAACGCGUUCUUGAAGAUGGAAGAGUGCUUUGUAGUUGUAAUCAUUUUACCAACUUUGCAAUGUUGAUGAACAUAGCUCCAGGAAAGAAGACUGUACAUGACAAAAUACUUGGUGUAAUAAGUUACGUUGGCUGUGCCCUCUCAUUGGUUGGGCUCAUCUUGACAAUAAUCACAAUACUAAUUUUGAGGGAUCUGCGAAACCAAGUUCCAAGCCAGAUUUUGCUGAACUUCUGUAUUGCUUUGUCGUUGACGAUCAUUGUUUUCUUGGCUGCUAUUGAGAAGUCCAGGACAUCAUCCCUGGCUGGCUGUCGGGCAGCAGCGAUCGCCCUUCAUUACUUCCUGUUAUCAGCAUUCUUGUGGAUGGCCGUAGAAGCGUAUAAUAUGUACUGGGCAUUUGUGAAAGUCUUUUCCGCUCCGUCACAAUCCAGGCUUUUGCUGAAAUGCUGUGUGUUUGCAUGGGGUACUCCUGCCGUAAUCGUGGGUAUAACAAUGAUAGCUGCAUUAGAUAAAUACGGUGACGGAACCUAUUGUCGAUUGCAUGGCGUACCUUUCAUUGUGGCAUUUCUAACUCCAACUGCUCUUAUCAUCGUUGGUAAUAUCGUGGCUUUUUGCUUCAUCAUUCGAUCCAUGGUCACUUCUGGUGCCAAGGUUACCUCUGACAAGAAAACAACCGGUUAUCAGCAAGCAAGGCGGGGAAUUGCGAUUAUGGUGCUGCUUGGUUUGACAUGGCUUUUUGGCAUUCUCGCGAUUGGCGAUGCUAAACUGGUGUUUCAAUACCUUUUCUGCAUUUUCAACACACUUCAAGGGCUGUUUGUGUUCAUAUUUUUUGUUGUCUUGCCCACUGGAACAAGACGACAACUAAAAAAACUCGGAGCAAGAGUAAGUUAUAGUAAUCGUCAUAGUACUCAGCGUCAAAGUUUGGGGGAAGACAGCUCCCAGUUAAACAAAAAUGUUUGUUCCAAUGACAUUACAACGUCGACAUCUGGUGCACUUGUGUCAACAACUGAAAAUCCGACUUUUGCCCAUCCAGCAAUUGAAAUACCUUUAAAGAUUGCCAGUGAUUUUGUGUCAACAACUGAAAAUCCAACUCUUGCCCAUCCAGCAAUUGAAAACCCAUUAAAGAGUGCCAGCGAUUUUGUGCCAACAAGUCCAAAUCCGACUCUUGUCCAUCAAGCAAUUGAAAACCCAUUAAAGAGUGCCAGCGAUUUUGUGCCAACAAGUCCAAAUCCGACUCUUGUCCAUCAAGCAAUUGAAAUCCCUUUAAAGAUAGCCAGUGAUUUUGUGUCAACAACUGAAAAUCCGACUUUUGCCCAUCCAGCAAUUGAAAUACCUUUAAAGAUAGCCAGUGAUUUUGAUGAAGGAAAUGAAGACAUCGACCAUGUUAACGACAUACUAGAUCAAAAAUCGCCUACGAAAGUAUGGUUAAACCCAAAUUUGACUCGCUACAGUGUGAGCAGGGAUGGACAAACUUAUACCACAACCAUUGAACUAACCCUCGCUAAGCACUAGCUUAUAUUUGUCUCAGAAUGUGAUUGUUCACUGAUGUAUA